GCCGCUAAUCGAGCACAGAUUGAAAAGUUAAUCAAGCUUACCUAAUGAUUUUGGCAAUCGAUAGUUUAUUGUGUUAUUGUGUUAAUUUUACUUACUCCAUUGGUUAAUCAAAGAUUUUUCUUUGAAAAAUGAGCUGACUGAUGGCGAUGUUCUGUUGAAAUUGUGAUGGUUCAUUAUAGAAGAUUUCAUAGAGGAGUGCUAUGAUGUAGAGUAGACAUGGGCACCUGCUAUUCCAAAGCUGGUCACGAGGCUGGGGCCCAAAGCAAAGAGAAGAGGCCCAAGGAGAAAAAGGGAGAAAAGAAUGGGCAUGCAGAUUCGGUUCAAAAUCACUUGGUUGUGCCAGAAAUCCAGAAAGACCUUAGUGACACUGUUUACACCGAUGACAGCCACAUUCCAUGCCCUAACAUUGACAAUUGUCUCAACAAAAGUCAGCAGACAAGCUUGGAAAAAUUGACACGGGAUGCAAACAAGAAUAUUGAGACCAAAACAUUUGAAGAUUUUGUCAACAAAGACGAGUGUCUAGUGAUUGAGGCCAUAGAAACCGAAUGGGGGGAAAAUGAUUUUGCAGAUGCUAGAACUGCAUUGCUCAGUAAACAUGUGGAUAUGGAUGUUCCCGAUGGAAAAGUAUCUGCAUCCGAUAGCGGUAUUGUUGUAGAAUUGUCCUGUAAGAACUGUGAUAGGGUUGAUCCGUACUCAGAUAGUUUUGAGUCAAGAGUUGAGCUUGUCGAUGACGUAUGGAAUGCGAAUAAAACAGACAGUGAAACGUCACCAGAAAAAGCUGGCAAGUAUUCAGACUUGUGUAUGGGUAUAACCGAUAGGCGCUCGCAACAAAUAAAUCAAGUAUCAGAACAUUCCGUCUCCCGUAGUGACGUGGGUGGCCAUGAAGACUCUACUAAAGAGUCGGUCACAUCAAUAGACCGACUAAGUGAGCAUAGCAGAGUGUCUGAGCCUGACUUUGAUAAAAUCCGACUAGCCCUGCAUAGGCCAUCGUCUGUUGGAAGUCCCACGGAUCACAGGUCAUUCCUUGACAGCUCUGAGGCCAGUUUCGAGAUCUCCUCGGGUCUCCAGCAACCUGAGGUUAUGACGAUGACAAUGAACGGACGAGAGGUGGUCAUCAUUGACGCUGACCUGUUCUCACAGAUCAUAGAUGAGAUUCAGAUCCUGAAAAUGAAGCUGAGCCAGUUGACCGAGGUUAUACAGGAUGGAGAGGAGGGUGAAGUAGGAACCAGUGUCUCAGUGUUGUCGUCUUCAGCAUAAUAUACAUAUUCCUUCCAUUAUGUGCAAUCAUCAUUUCCACAUGUCGUCAUUACCUGCAAUGCUCGCAAUUGGUCUUUCCUAGAAAACAAAAGAUGAAGACUGCGUAUCUCAGUGGUAACCAGACACUAUUGCAGCUGACAUCUUGUGAUCGAUCAAUCAUCUUCGUUUGUGGUCAUCGAUGCUUAUUAUUGCAGAACACAUCAUCUGUAUCUGUUGUUUGUUUCGUCCGCACAUCGUGAUGUAGUGUGCUUACUGCGUUGCUUUGAAGGUCAAUUAACCCUUUUCCACUUAGAUACGUAUUUUGACACAUUUUUAGUCCCUUAGAAAGUUACAUUGAAUGCAGGACCUUUCUUAAUAGAUAAGUUUUUAAGGCUUCAUUUUCAAACCUUAGAUAAUGAUGAGCAGCAAACAGCAUAAAACCUGAAUAGACUGCUAGGUUACUCACAGGCUGUUGUGGUUUUAUGCUGUAAGCACAUCACCAUUUUCACCUUGCUUCUGUGUGGGAAAGGUUUAAUACUGCUGAUGUAUACAUUAUGAAUCAACAUUGAUUUUGAAGGAAUUUUAACAAAUUACUCAACCUUUAAGGUAACCCAAAAGAUUGUCCGAAUACAUUUUCUGGUUGUGAUAAUUAUAUAAUGCUGAACAAGCAAUUGUCUUCUAAAUAGUAAAGGUGUUUUAAAUAAUUUCUUAAUAUUAUUAAUUAUUUGAAUAUACUGAUGAUCUGCUGUAGCUUUUUUAUUAACAUAGUUUAAUAUAUAAAGCUAUAUAUUAUUUGACAGACUGUUUGACAGCUACAGCAUUGUUAACCAGGUUUUCCGAAGGAAAAAACUGGUUAUUAGGUUGGCCAAUGCGGGCGGGCUGGCUGGCUGGCUGGCGGGCGGGCGGAACAAGCUUGUCCGGGCCAUAACUAUGUCGUUCAUUGUCAGAUUUUAAAAUCAUUUGGCACAUUUGUUCACCAUCAUUGGACGGUGUGUCGCGUGAAAUAAUUACGUCGAUAUCUCCAACGUCAAGGUCACACUUUGAGUUCAAAGGUCAAAAAUGGCCAUAAAUGAGCUUGUCCUGGCCAUAACUAUGUCAUUCACUGUGAGAUUUUAAAAUCAUUUGGCACAUUUGUUUACCAUCAUGGGACGGUGUGUCGCACGAAAGAAUCACGUCAAUAUCUCCAAUGUCAAGGUCCCCACGACUAAAAAUAGAUUUUUUUUAAAAACAAACUUACAAAGGGGGUUAAUUUUGUUGUUCAUUUCAAAAGUUCAGUUUGAGUUUUCUCCCUUUAUCAGAUUUUUUUUCACAAUGAAAACCUGGUUUUGUGACAAUUUUGUCCCUUGUUAAUUCAUAAAUUAUAUACAAAGCCUGAAGAUUUUCAAAACAAAUAGCCUGAUUUCCAUAGUAAGAGGCCUUUUUUUGUGUGGCACCCUAGCAACCCUGAUUUGUUCACAUAUUUUAUAUCAAUCUGUUCAGUCAUCAUUUUGAUAGGUUAAACACUGAAAUAGUGGAAUAAUAUUGAUAGGUUAAACACUGAAAUAGUGGAAUAAUAUUGAUAGGUUAAACACUGAAAUAGUGGAAUAAUAUUGAUAGGUUAAACACUGAAAUAGUGGAAUAAUAUUGAUAGGUUAAACACUGAAAUAGUGGAAAAAUAUUGAUAGGUUAAACACUGAAAUAGUGGAAUAAUAUUGAUAGGUUAAACACUGAAAUAGUGAAAUAAUAUUGAUAGGUUAAACACUGAAAUAGUGGAAUAAUAUUGAUAGGUUAAACACUGAAAUAGUGGAAUAAUAUUGAUAGGUUAAACACUGAAAUAGUGGAAUAAUAUUGAUAGGUUAAACACUGAAAUAGUGGAAUAAUAUUGAUAGGUUAAACACUGAAAUAGUGGAAUAAUAUUGAUAAGUUAAACACUGAAAUAGUGGAAUAAUAUUGAUAGGUUAAACACUGAAAUAGUGGAAUAAUAUUGAUAGGUUAAACACUAAAAUAGUGGAAUAAUAUUGAUAUAAAUCAUAACUGAAAUAGUGGAAUAAUAUUGAUAUAUAAAUCAUUGAAUUAAUCCUCUUUAGACUAACAAACUUGUUAAUAACAAUACAUAUGUAAACAAAUAUAUUGGCAUUUACACGUGUCACAAAUUUUGGUUAAAUUUUGUCAAAUUGUCUUUCCAAACAAAAUCUCAAAAUCCCACAUUUUUAAUCCAAAAGAACAACAUUUGUGUGAUAAAAUUUUCUAUAGAUAAAUAACUGAAGUUUUACAUGAGAUAUACAUGUAAAAAAAGUUUUACAUGAGAUAUACAUGUAAAAUGUUUUACAAAAUAUUGGGUUGACAAAUCUAUAGGAAUGGAUGAUAUAGGAAAGAAGGAUACAUGUUUGUAUUUGCAUUACAUUUACCGGUAUUGAGGUACAGCUCUAGUCACACAAAAGUCAUUCAUACUGGUACUUGAUGCUUAGUUGGUAUUUAAUAAAUUUAAUAGAUAUGUCUGUAUGUGAGAGAGUGUUUAUAUAAUUUAUAAUGUAUAAUUUAUGUAAUAUAUUAAGGAUAAUUGUAAAAUGCUUUACAUAUCAGAAUACUAUGAGACAAUUAUGGACCUGUUUUAGGAAUGGGAGUGUAUGUUUUUUGGUAUUUGUUCGUUAGUUGGUCUUUCUACCCAAUGACCAUUUCUUAUCUGCAGAGAAUAUUUCGACCUACACUUUAUUACAGUUGUGAAAUCUGGUUACUUUGCAUUGUUCUUGCGGUUCUUGAAACGCAAAUGAAUUGUGAAAAAUGGCACAAGGGGGGAGGGGGGGGGAGGUUCAGGCAUAUCAGUGACAGUUAAAGUUUCCAGAUUUUUGAAUAACUUUAACUUGAAAUACAUAAUCAGCAACUUAUUGUAUAGGUUGCAAUUUUAUUGUAUUUAUGAGAAAUUAAAAAAGCUAUACAUCUUUUACGAAUGUGUAUGCUUAGCGAAUGUUAAUUAGUUUGCAAUGUGUUCUUGCUUCUCCUGUUGUGAUCAUUUUUGCUUUUUGCAGUGUGAGUUGAGUUUUAAACCAUACCCCCAACAAAACAACACUUGUUUUGCUGUACUCUAAUGAUAUCCAGAGAACUUGAUGGAUUUCAAAGAUUUAAGGGAGAGCCGUGUUCUUUGAAAAGUGGGCUUAAUGCAUGUGCUUAACCCUUUGCAUGCUGGGAAAUGUGUCGUCUGCUAAAAUGCCGUCUGCAGAAUUUCUAAAAUUAGCAUUUUCUUCUAUUUUUUUUUAAAUAAUACUAUCAGAAUAGCGAACAGUUUGGAUCCUGAUGAGACGCCACGUUCUGUGGCGUCUCAUCUGGAUCCAAACUGUUUGCAAAGGCCUUUAAAAUUCGGUUCCCGCACUUAAAGGGUUAACGUGUCGUGAGCACAAGCUAAUCAGAGACGACACUCUUAGCUUGUAUGGAAGUUUUUGUUUGUAGGAAAUCUAGUUUAGGAGGAAAGUGUCUCCCCUGAUAUGGUUGUUUAAUCUUGGACGACACUUUAGGCACAAGCAUUAAGCUACAUUUUCCCAGAACAAGGCUCAAGGAAAUUUUCAGCGAAGACAUAUUAUUUCCAGCCCUAAAAUGAUGAUGAGCAGCAAACAGCAUAAACCUUGAACAGCUGGCAAAUUACCCGCAGGCCGAUCUGGUUUUAUGCUGGUUGCAUGUAGCCAUUUUCUUUUUGCUUCUGAGUGUGAAAACGUUAAUCGUCUACGCAUUUGCAGUCAAUAAUACACUGUGUAAAUAGUUUGGUGUUGUUUAUUCAUGUGUUUAACAUAAUUAUUAGUGCUGUUUAUACUGAGGGAAGUGCUCAUUGUUUAAACAGAUAACCAUUAUUUCUAUGCAAAUUAUGUACAUGAACCAUUUAUCACAUUUUAUAAUGAUUGACGGAAGAUACCCUUAUCCUUAGCCAUUUGGAUAAAUUUAUAUAUAUAAGAUGAAGAAUACUGUGUUUAGCACAAUUUAUUUGACAAGCAAAUAACUGAAGAAUAUGUUAUGUUUGUAUUAAUAUUGAAUAAUUUUAUUUGAAGAUGACUUGUUGAUAUAAAAAAGUGAUUGUCAGUUGUAGUAAUAUUAUGUUCUGGUCAUACUGUUUGUCUCAAAGUUUGACAUCCCUUGUUGUCAUGGAGACCUAGGCAUAAAUGAGGCUGUCUGAUGGUCACUUUUGUAACCACCGUUGUGACAUUGUGUCUAAUUUUACCUUGUGACAUUGAGGAAAGACAAAUAUUUUGUCAACUUUUAAGCUCACAUAAUGAUGAGCUUUUGUGAUCCCCCUUUGUCUGUUGUUCGUCAUGUGUCAUACAAUUUUCCCCUGUAGAAACUUUACAUGCCAUAUUAAUUGCUUGAUCUUCAUGAGACAUGGACUGAACAUCUGUCCAAAUCAUGUCUAAGUCAAGUUAAAAAACCUGUUCAUGUAGGACAAAACUAGGUCACUAGGUUUAAUUUAGACAAAGUUGCUCAGAACAUUUGUCGUAAUGAUUUUUAUGCCCCCCUUCGAAGAAGAGGGGGUAUAUUGCUUUGCUCAUGUCGGUCUGUCGGUCCGUCCACCAGGUGGUUGUCAGGUGAUAACUCAAGAACGCUUUGGCCUAGGAUCAUGAAACUUCAUAGGUACAUUGAUCAUGACUCGCAGAUGACCCCUAUUGAUUUUCAGGUCACUAGGUCAAAGGUCAAGGUCACGGUGACCAGAAAUAGUAAAAUUGUUUUUGAAUGAUAACUCAAAAACGCAUACGCCUAGGAUCAUGAAACUUCAUGGGUAGAUUGAUCAUGACUCGCAGAUGACCCCUAUUUAUUUUGAGGUCACUAGGUCAAAAGUCAAGGUCACGGUGACCUGAAAUAGUAAAAUGGUUUUUGAAUGAUUACUCAAGAACGCAUACGCCUAGGAUCAUGAAACUUCAUGGGUAGAUUGAUCAUGACUUGCAGAUGACCCCUAUUGAUUUUGAGGUCACUAGGUCAAAGGUCAAAGUCACGGUGACCCGAAAUAGUAAAAUGGUUUCCGGAUAAUAACUUAUGAACGCAUACGCCUAGGAUCAUGAAACUUCAUGGGUAGAUUGAUCAUGACUCGCAGAACGCUUUUGCCUAGGAUCAUGACACUUCAUAGGUACAUUGAUCGUGACCCGCAGAUGACCCCUAUUGAUUUUCAGGUCACUAGGUCAAAGGUCAAGGUCACAGUGACAAAAAUCGUAUUCACACAACGGACAGCCCAUAUGGGGAGCAUGCAUGUUUUACAAACAGCCCUUGAUGUUUCGUAUUAAAUUAUUAUAAUUCCCUUAGCCAGUUGUGUUUAUUAAUGUUAUUGUGGAAUAUGGCAAGUGUGACAUGCUUUUGGCAUUAUAUACAGGUUGUCAUUGAUUUUAGUUUUGAAAUGUCUCUUGUGUACUGACAUAUCAGAGUUUUUAUUAUUAAAAUAAUAUAUAUAAAUAAAUGAUAAAAUAAAUGAUAGAUACUUCCAAAGUAAAGGUUUGUGGCUUUUCCCAUGAAAGCAUUUUUUUUUCUAGGUGAUCUUUUAUGCACAAUUCACAAUUGUUUUUCACAUUUUGUCAUCCAAGAACGACAUCACACUAAUACCGUUCUAGCUGGUAGGUUGCUGUGAGUUUUUGUUUGACCCUCUCAAAUGCUGGUUGUUGGUUUGCAGAACCAAUAAAAUAUUAUUAACAACAUGUUGAUAAUCUUUGAAAGAGGAAACCUUUCCCAUAGCCCAUUUAAAAAAUAAGAAUGUUGGAGAUGAGAUUUUACAAGACAAAGAUUAUACAUUAGAUGCACAAUGAGAUUCCCUUUGCCCUUGUUGGACAUGCAUCUGUGUUGGGCAGUCAGUUGGUGGGGCUUGCAAAUUACCUGGAUGAUAUGUACACUGGCAGAAGUACCAGUAACCUUGGCGGCUUAUGAAAAAUAAGGUUCACAAUAUUGACUUAAUGCCCCCUCUAUGUGUUUGAAAUGCAUUGUGAAAUACACUUGAUUUGACAAAAGUAUAAGUAAAAAAAGUAUUAAAAGAAAUUAGUUUUCUUUCUAAGAAAUUUUCAAUUUUAAAAUAAUUACUAUUUAAAAUAUAACUUGCAUGUCCCCUGGCAGUAAUGUAGAUACAAGUAAACAAAUCCAAUGUAUUUGAAAGAAGUUUUAAGGUCUCCAAAUGAAACUCAAGAAAAUGGCUUAGCUAGAUUAAAAAAUAAAUAACUUUUUUAAUUUUAAACACGGUUAAUAUGUUAAGUUUAUUUUGUUAACAAAUACAAAUGUCUUUAAGGCAUUUGGUUUAUCAUCACCAAAGUAACAUUUUUGCAAAUAAGUACUUUUAUGGAUCAUAUAAGUUGUCUCCACUAAAUCAACUUGCACUUAUUUUUGUGCCAAUCAGAAACUGUUUGAUGUUCAAGGUUGGGUUAAAAUCAUAUUCAUUUUGUUUUAAUAAUGCUCCCAGAAGGACUGGGACUACAAAUAUAGCCUUUUUUAAUGAGAAUUUGUUUGCAUUAAUAUAAGUAACUUUGAUGUCAAGACUUCUGUCAAUGGAAAUACUAAUUUAAAGUGAGAAAUAACUUGUGUAAUCAACACUGAUCCACCCACCUUUAUUCGCACAGGAGAAGCAGCUUUGGACUCCUGAUUGUCGUUCAAACUUAUUACUCUUCUUGGCCUUCAUCUGCCACCCUUAUUUUUUCCAAUUUAUCUGUCUCAUCUUUUUCCGAUGCAAGAGGGAAUAAACUGGAGUUUUAUUCUAAAGAAGUAUUGUCUAGUUGCUGUUAUGCAAAGCAAUUUCUAGGUUGUUGUUGCGCCUGGACUGAUGACUGUUAACCCUUUACCACUUAUAAACACACUUUUGAUGCAUUUGUAGUCCCUUAUAAAAUCUAAUUAAAAUUAAUUUUUUUCUAGAAUCAAGUUUCAAGGCUUCAUUUCCAAUCUUAAGAUACUGAUGAGCAGCAAACAAUAAAACUGGAACAGACUGAGUUACUCGCGGGCUGUUCUGGUUUUAUUCUGUUUGUCCAUAGCCAUUUUCACUUUGCUUCUGAUUGGGAAAGGGUUUAGAACAGCGUAAGUCAUGCUCCAUUUACUGCUAAAAGGUUUUGCAGCAGCUUAAAGUUUUAAUAUAAGAGUUUUUCAAUAAAGAUUAAUGUUACAGCAGAAGGAGAACACUGAUAUACCAGUACUUUAGCUUGGAAAGAUUGCCCAUAUGUCAGUCAGAUAAAUCCUAUGACAAAAUAGGGAAGAAUCGUCAUAAUAAUAAAAAGUCUUGAAAGUUGCACCAAUGUAAAUUGUAUCUGAAGAACUUCUGUAGCUUUGAAUUGAAGCUUUCAUAUCAUCCAGCGCAGCACACUGAUGAUCUUCUCAUAUUAUAAUUUUCCAGCUUAAAAGGGCCGUCCAACAGAUUUUGGCAUGUAUUGAAGCUUGUCAUUAAAUGCUAUAAAUGCUUUAUAUUGAUAAAUUUAAACAUUUGAACUAAAAAUCUCCUGUAAAAAAUCAAGAAUACAAUUUAAAAAGGAAAAAAAGUAAAUUUCAACAGCGCUGGAACCACUGACCCCUGGAGUCCUGGAGUAAAAAGCCUCCCGCCUAGACCACUCGACCAUCCACGCUCAUGUUUUGAGUGGAUGUAUUUUAUAGCUAUAUAAGCGAUCCUCGUAGUUUUCCAAAAUAUUGUUUCGCGUCGAUACGACGCUUUAUCUGUUGGACAGCCCCUUAAAGCUAUGAUGUGCGAUCUGCCAUUUCAGGGCCCCAAUACAAUUUUUCUAAAGUUUGAGCCUGGUUAUAUUUUGACAAAAGUAAAAAAAUAUUUUAAUGUAUUAUUUAAUUUUAUUUUAUAAUAACAGUCGUGAAUUGUAGAAUAAAAGCAUAUUUUCAAAUGUUUGCUCCAAUCAUCGAUAGUUUUAAUUUUGAGGACUUAUAAGAACUUAAAUUGGAGUUAUUUUUGCAUAUAUGUCACUUUUUUUGUACUUCCGUUAUAAAUAAAUGUUACAUAUAUUUCCACAUUGUAUGGGAUGCACAAGUUAAGAUUUUAUAUAUCUUUGUAAGUUCAUUUUGUUGUGAUAAUUAUUUCAAAUUAGAUUUGCAAAUGUUGUGGUAUAGUAUGUAUUUAUGAUUUUAUUUAUUGUCAAUAAACCAUACUGCAAGUGGUAAAUGGUUGAACAUGAUGGAACAAUUUAUUUAAAUUUUGUACAUUAAAUGUGUUCAUUUUUGAUUAUCAUUUCCAGUAUAUACUGAUAGUAUGGCCUAAAUAUUCUCAAGAAGAUUAUAAGUGGACCACUUGAAAUAGCUUUAUUUAAUUUUAAUAAUUGCUAUGUCAUAUUUGAGGACUCAUGAAUAAAUUGUAUGUAAUAUU